AUGACAUCUAUCACAACUGCUCGCCCAUCAUUGACAUCCAAUGAUUCGGCCGUACUUCAAGCUCUAUUCGAUGCCGAAUCCUCUCCAUCAUCAGGAAUAAUCGUUGAUUCAUCACUCGCCCCAUGGCCAUCAUCUCUGAACCUCUCCGAAACAGACCUGAUAUCGCUCAAGCAGCGCGAAACAGCCAUCAUUCGCGAAUUGCAAUCAAACACAUCACCAAGUACAGAGACAGUCCAGUCAGCACUAAACGACUUUGACACUCUUCUCACGCAACAUCCAAAAUACCCCUCCGCAUACACAAAUCGAGCACAAACACUCCGCCUGCUGGUCGAUCUGAUCUACAACAAGGAAGCUGGUACCAACCAAACCACUGAUACCGAGCUAGCCGAUGCUGCCCUCUUCGCCCCUGAAACCUCCCAGCUCUGCUCCCGCAUCUUCUCUGACCUAGGCCAAGCCAUAAACUUUGCCACACCCGCCAGCCCCGCCGAUGCGGUCUCAGCAGCCCAAGCACGGCUAUUGGCCGACGCGCACACGCACAGGGGUUAUUUACUUCUGAAGGCGGCGCGGGUGAAGAAGGCUGGUCCCGGUGGUGAGGCGGGGCCGGAGCGUUUGCGCGGACUUUCGGCUGAUCAGCUUGAGGAAAUGGCGAGUCGGGAUUUCUUCUUUGGGGGUCGCUACGGGAAUAAGGUUGCGCAGCAGCUUUCUGUGCAGACGAAUCCUUAUGCUAAGAUGUGUGGAGCUAUUGUUAAGGAGGCGAUGAGGAAGGAGAUCGAGGGCUGA